AACGGAAGCUUUGCUUUCUCCAAUCGCAACCACCGGAGGAAGUCCUUGGAUCUCAAGUCUCAAUCCCGAGACUUAGCCAAGUUCCGCAAAACUCUUACCGCAAAACUCUUAGGAUGGCCGAGUUCUGUCGGAUAGCGCAAGUCGCCGUUCGUUCAACAUCACUCCUCCGAAGUUCUACGUCCAGAUGGCAGCCAUGCUCCUUUUCGGCCGUGUCUACUCCUUUAAUACCGAGUAUAAGACAUAUCUCAACCUCUCCGACUCUCCGGGAAAACAAUGCCGGUAACAGCUCUCCUAAAGACUCUGCUCCUCCCGCCAGAUCACCUCUAGCCCGCGCGCGGUAUUCUUCUAUUUGGGGCGAUCCUUUUCCAAAACAAAACCAAGGCGACGAUGAAAUAAAAAAGCCAAAUAUCUCGGUAUACGAUGACCACUUCGCUCCCGAGAUCGAUUUCGAAACUGGCGAACUUAACAAGAAUAAAUUCCAAGAGGAACGACCAGCCCCUCCCCGUCCUGCAUUGCGCCUUGUCCCACGAACUGGCCGUACUAUUCAUGUCACCAAAAAUUCCGAUGUAGCACGGUCAUUUGCGCUUUUGUCCAUCCACGUAUCAUCAAACAGGGUCCGACACGACUUGAACUCUCAGAGGUACCACGAGCGACCAGGUCUGAAGCGAAAGAGGCUCAAGAGUGAGAGAUGGCAGAGGAGAUUUCAAAAAGGGUUCAAGGCUUGUGUCAAGAGAGUCAGAGAGUUAACAAAACAGGGCUGGUAAAUCCAGAUCUUUCAUAUAUAAUUGUCCAGGUCGACUUGAAUCGCAUCAUUCAUGUCGCCAAUUGUAUAGAUCUAGAUAUGUUGUACAUUAUGAGACCAUGCUCUCAAAAUUUCGAAUGCAUGACUGCAUUAGAUUAAGAAGCAAAAGUAGUAAAACUGCCAUAGUAAAAAGGGCGGGGUUAUACUUGUUUUAUACGACAAAAACAGGUGUAUCGACUAUUCAAUCUCGGCGUCUUGUCCAAGCAAGCAUAUAACCGGUGGUAAACAGCCCAAGGAAGAAGGUGCGCGUAUCGGCGUUCAGGCGACGCGACCGGAUUACAAGUAAGGUCUAUUAUAUUUAAUACCCGAUGAUGUUACAAGUUAAUGGUGAAUUUAUAAUGAUUUUGUAAGAGGAAUUGAUAUCUCUUGUUUACUUAGGAGACUAUGGCACCUAGAAAUAGAUAAAAUGUAACUCAGAGUCUAAGCACAGACGAAGACCAAGGACGCAAAUCUAUGAGAUGCACUAUGUAGAAACUAAAUGUUUUCGACGUCUGCCUCUAGCUGGCUCUAGACGGGUCGUAAAACGCUAGAUAUUUCUACAUAAAAGGAGAGUAGCGUAGACGCGUCAAUGUAUUUUAGAACCCAAAAAUGCCAAAGGAACUUCACAGAAGUAGAAUGUAGAAGCUAUGAGAAGAAGAAUAAGCGAUGAGAAACAGUAGAGACCUUAGG